UUUCCUUCGCUUCGCUGUGUGCUCCCAAGUCCAAAGAAAAGGGGCACCUUUCUGUGCUGAUUCGGAGCAACUCCCAAGUCUUCCUGAGCUGAGGAACUGAAAGUCAUUUCACUCCUGCACCAGGACAAGGGCGCUUGGGCAAGACGCGAGUGCGGUCGUCCGAACGCGUGUGCCCACACUUAAGCGAGUUUUUGGACUGCUUGGGGGCAAUUCCACUAGUUGGGAGGGGGGCGUUUUGCAGAGCGCUGAAAGAGCCCAGGAAAGUGGAUCCGUCACCAGCGGCUUGGAAGGGGGCGCGCGUCCACGCGUGGGUACUUGGUUGGAUGCGUGUGGGCUCCAUCCCACCAUGACUGUGCUGCAGCCUUCCAGAGAAGACAAGUUGCUGGGGUCCUCCUUGGACUUUGGGGGUGAGAUCUCCUGAGCUCGGGGCAACCAGUCCCAAAAGGAACCUUCUGGGGUUGAGAAGAUUUUUGCAGACCGGCUUGGAAAGCCAUGCUUUGAUGAUCCCCCUCCUCCCGGAGGGCCUCCCCCACCGCCAAGUAACGCACCACCCGCCCAUCCAUAGCUUGGAAGAGAGGAGAGGGCACCGUGGGGGGGGGGGGCUGGCGUCCCUCUCCCCGUCACCCAUAAUCCCCGUCACCCUCUCCCCGUCACCCAUAAGUCUUUUACUCCUCAAAGGAAGUUUCCCCCCCCCUUCUGCCUCAGGCUAAGCAGCGAGGUGGAGGCUCCCCUUCCCUCUCCCCGUUUGCGGAUCUCUGCUGACUGUACUCCGGAGUCACUCCGGUUCCGAACCUCAGCAGUGGCGGCGGUACUCACUGAGGCAUUCCUUGCGAGGAGAUUCAGCAUGGUGGAGUAGAGGUUGCGAAUCGCAGCCCAUUGGCUGAUCCCAGAAGCCCGGGGGGGGGGGGCAACACUCCCCCCUCCUCAUCCCCAACUCCCCCCCUUCUCUCUGGCCUUUCCCCGGGGAGCUUGGGGGGCAACUUGGGCCGCCAAGAUGUCCAAAGUGGCGGCGGCUGGUGGAAGCGGCGGCGGCGCUGGAGCCGGGGCGGCGGCGGCGGGCUCGGAAAGUUGCGGGGCGGCGGCAGCCGAAGACCUCUCCAAGGUGUCCGACGAGGAGCUGCUGAAGUGGAGCAAAGAGGAGCUGAUCCGCAGCCUGCGCAAGGCCGAGGCGGAGAAGAUGAGCGCCAUGCUGGACCACAGCAACCUCAUCCGCGAGGUCAACCGCCGUCUCCAGCUUCACCUGGGCGAGAUCCGGGGGCUCAAGGACAUCAAUCAGAAACUGCAGGAAGACAACCAGGAACUGCGAGACCUUUGCUGCUUCUUGGACGAUGACAGGCAGAAAGGGAAAAAAGUUUCCCGAGAGUGGCAAAGGCUUGGCAGGUACAGUGCUGGCGUCAUGCACAAAGAGGUGGCCUUAUAUUUGCAGAAGCUGAAGGAGCUGGAGGUGAGGCAGGAGGAGGUGGUGAAAGAGAACUUGGAACUGAAAGAGCUUUGCGUCCUGCUGGAUGAAGAGAAGGGCGGCGUUGCGGGCAGCCGGAACUCGAUAGACAGCCAGGCCAGCCUCUGCCAGUUAAGUGCCGCAAGCACCUUCAUCAGGGAUGUCGGGGACGGGAGCAGCACAUCUAGCACGGGAAGCACAGAUAGCCCUGAUCAUCAUAAGCACCACCCGAGUUCAAGUCCGGAGCACCUCCAAAAGACGAGGAGCGAGGGGAGCCCCGAACAUCAGAAGCUCAGGAGCGCUAGUCCAGAGCUCCUGCAUAAACCAAGGAGCUCUGGAAGUCCUGAUCACCAGAAGCAUCUGAAAGGGCCGAGCCCAGAGCACCAUAAAAAUAUGGGCAAGGGGAACCCGGAGCAGCAGAAGCACAGCUGCAGCAGUCCGGAGACCCUGCCAAAGCACAUGCUGAGCGGUAGCCCGGAACACUUCCAAAAGCACCGUCCAGGCAGCAGUCCUGAACACCAGAAGCACAGUAGCAGCGGGAGCCCCGAGCACCUCCAAAAACACACGCUGAGUGGAAGCACAGAGCACCUCCCGAAAGUGAGGGGCACGAGCCCUGAGCACCUCAAGCAGCACUACGGGGGAAGCCCGGAGCAUCUCAAGCACUUGGGCGGAGGCAGCAGAGAAGGCACCUUAAGGCGACAAGUGGUGGAUGACCUGUCGCCCCAUCACAGGGGCCUCUACAACGGCAUGAAUGAAUCAACCUUGUCCUAUGUUAGGCAGCUGGAAGCAAGAGUAAGACAGCUGGAGGAGGAAAAUCGCAUGCUGCCCCAGGGUCCUAUUAGGAUGCCAUCAGGGGCAGAUGGGACUGUCUGCUCUUCAAGCCAUCCAGCUGGCUUCAGUGACCAGGCCUCUUCACCUUCUCAGCAGCCUGAAGCGGUGGUUAAUGCCCUCAAGGUUGUGUGGAGGAAACUUGGAGAUGCUGCAGGCUCGUGUCCUGGAAUUAGACAACACUUGUCUGGAAACCAGUACAAAGGGCCAAUGUAAUGGUUACCAACACAGAGAAGAAUUUCAGCUGCUGGUGGAUUUGAUCUGUUCAAGUAACCUCUUCAGUAACAAGGAACUAACUCCAUACGCUUUCUGGGGUGACUCUGGAAAACAGGACAGUCUUUUUUCCACCAAAACUUUGGUGUAGAGUAUCCAGCUCUCCUGGCCCUCAUAUAUACCGACGAAUCUAACUCUGCUUCUUUCAAUUCUGCCACAAGCAUUUCAGCAUAUAUACCAAGGAGAAUCCAGCAGAUAGCUUCAAAGCCAUUCAAAAUCUAACCCGGGAACUCAGAAGGACCCACCAAGGAAAUGAUGGCUUUUAGAUAGUGCUGGUGGAUUCCAGUGACAUUUUCCAGAGAGCUUUUCACUGGAUUGGAGAGAUGCUAACGAACUGUGCCUUUGGUCCUCACAGUUUGGAGAGAGUCCAUUAUCCUGGUAGCCCUGCACUCGAGGGUGUAAAAUGUUAGUUAAUGGUGCUUAGGCAAAUUGCAGCUGAAAUCAUUUCUUUUCCAAGUUAUAGAAUACUUGCAUUCUGAGGUGCUAAAAGACCUUUGAAGUCUCCUAACCAGCCAACAGUGUAGCAAAGAAAACUACAGCACUAGAACACUGACUAUUUUUCCCCCUGAAUGAAAAGAAAAACUUGGUGAAUGCCUUCCAAAGAGGAGGCAUUCGCCUCUUAAGUGUGGACAUUUCUCCCUUGAGCAAAUGCAGCACUUCCAGCCUAGUCCAGAAGCAUUCUUAGUUACAGCACACUGAGGAAUAUGGGCUACUCUUGUGGCAAGCAAGACUUCUUGUAUGAAGGAGAUAAGAUAGAUCCAUGAACCAGGCUACUGGAUGGGCAUCCCCUCCAGCAGGGGGUCUGGAGCCAGCUGCCCAGUGAUAGCAAUGGGACCCAUUCACAAGUCUGAUUAAGGGAUAGCUAGAUUUGUUAAACAGGUACAAACUGAAACAUAUUGUGCAAGGGAGUAUUGCCAGGGUUGAGGAAGACCAGCCAAAGAGGGGUAUGCUAAGUGCUUUGGCUGUGCCAAAUUUAUUGGCCAAAUGGCCAACACAGAAAAGAAUUGAUUCCAGGCAUUCACCAGACUAGAACUGGAGCAGUCAGGGGAUAGGAUAGGCUUGCAAAAGUCAGCAUUUGCUAUGCCUUUCAGGUUGCCCAGCUGAUCGGACUCCACAUCUCUAGUGCUAGUGAUGACUGGAUCUCCUGCCUCCCAUAUGCUCUAGAAAUAGUACAGAGCAUCCAGACCAAUUUCAUGGAUAUCAUCAGGAUGUCUAAAAAAUUAACACAGAUUCUAGGUUAUGUCCACAUUGGGCCCCCAGGCCCUGGUAUGCAUUGAUCAUGGCUGCACACCAAUGUUUGGAGACGGAGAUCCUGCGUGGCCUUCGGGGUACAGAUGGGGCCACUCUUUGCACUCCUUUUCAUAAAUGUUAGGGAGGACUCCACUGAUGACCUGAAAGCCAUCCCAGAGGCUAGGAUCUCUGGAUGUCCCUGUUAAUGCAGGGUGACUUCAGGGCAGUUAGACAUCAGGGGAGCUGAAGUUCCCACGAUCCCCAGCUGCCAAGGAUGCAUCAUACAUGUGUGGAAGCACCCAGGGCUUCUAGGGCCACGAAUCAACUCAUACUUGUUCCUGCUGCUUUUGGUGAAUAAUGCAAUGGAGAAUGGGGUAGAGGGGGCAGUGGGGAGCCCACCGUGUAGGACCUAUGAGGAUUCAUGCUUUACCCUGAAUAUUCCAGUGUCUGUGUGGUGCUCUGGAGAAACCAUGCAUACAUGGGAUUAUUCAGGGUCUGAGUUCCUGGAACAAUACACUCACAGAAUCUCUCUGCCACCUCAAGAAUGUAACACAAAUGGUGGAGAAGGCAGGGGUUGGAGGAAGAUCUUGGCUUCCAGACCUGGAUGCUUUGUACACAUAGAAGUAUGAAGCUUCUUUCCAAUGUAAUUCAGGCCAAAUCUUAGCUGGUCUGGAUCCACAAGGUGUGGUCAGCCAAAAUCUGGUGUGUACCUCUCCAUUUUCAGUUACCACCACUACUAGUCUGAUAGUAGCCAUCAUCUGUUUUGUGGACUGCUGCUGGUACAGGCUGACAUCCAGACUAACUCUGUGCUAGUGCAAUGAACAAAGAUGCACACAACUGAAAAGGGUGCAUGGCUGAGUGGGUGCUCAGACUUGCUCAAUCUGUUGCUCUCUCGGUCCACUUGUGAAAACGAUGCACUUGCAUAACAAGGAUAGCAGAUAACCGUGCACCAUUCCCUGUUACAUACACAGACUGGAAAAGAGCUUUUACAGCAGGAAGGGCCCCACUGGAGGUGAGAGUCCAAAACACAAGCUACCAAUUUAGCAGAACAAGCUAAACUUGUUUGUGUUAGCGCCGUAUUAGUCUGGUUAUCAGCCACCCUUAUGACGUAACAAGCAUGCGCCAUUGUAGAUGGCGCAGCAACUGUUAGCAGGCCUUUAGGAAGGUGCUCAAGUUUACCUAACCUCUCCAACUCCAUAUAUUCCAUUUUGGUGCCAUGGGGAAGCUAUUGCAUCAACAGGAGAAAACAGUCUAUGGCUGAAUGUCAGCAUGCUGAAAAGAGCCAGAGUGACCUGUUGAUCCAGGCAGUCCUUUCCAAAUGCUUCUGUGCUGGUGUAGUGGGCUUUAAGAGUGUGCUGUUAGAGGUAUUAAAAUUGGACACCUCCAAUCAAAACCCCACCCCAGGUCUUUUCCAGGUAUCCAGAUGCUGCUGAUGCCGUGUUUCCCCACACGACAUUUAACCUCACAAGAGUCUAUAAGAGCCUAACGUGAUAGCACUGCAUUUAUGAAAAAGCUUUCCUUGCUGACCGCCACGUCCUUCCAAAGGAAAUGUUGAAUAAACUCAAAAGCAUAUCCUCCAUUUAUCUGAGGCUUCAAACUCUUGUUCAGGUUGCCUGAGCUUUGGGACCUGGAUGGCUUAUUUUUGACCUUUUCUCCCCCUCUGCAUAUACCAUUUGACUGUGUGUAUCAAAAUGCUCUGAUAGCUAUUUUAUGUAUAUAUCAAACUGCAGCAACAGUUUCUUGUAUGAAUGUGCACAGUGAUGAAAUGCUGUUGCUUCGACCUUUCAACCAUAGCUGAGUAUUUACAACUAAACAAAUAGGAAUGCAACAAUUCCCAGGUUUUGGGUUUUUUCUUGAUUAAUAAGAUUUGAUUCCAAGCUGAUCUUCUCCUGGGUUUUUGGUGGGCUUCGUUACAUGUUGUGUUAUUGAUCUGUGGGUCGUGGAGUGUAGCAGCACUGUAGCAGUACAACCCUUUUCUCCUAUGGUAGCACAGCAUAAAAAUGGCCGACUGAUUUCUGGGGGGGUGGGAAGAGGAAAAAACACACAACGGGGUUAAUUUGCUUCAGCAACUUGGUCUCCUUUUCAGAUACUUUUUAUGUCAUGCUAAUCAAGAUCACCGCUUUUGUUAUUAAUCUUAAAUUGUUGUAUUCCUAUAAUUGUAUGAGGAACAUACAUUGGCUGACAUCCCGAGAAACAAAGCGCUUGUGGAAGGACAUUGUGCUCACCCAAAGCUGUUGUGCUCAGACUGGGAGUCUGCAUUCCAGACUAGUGAUGUGCUACAACUGCGGUGCCUCUCAUCUGGUUUAAAUGGAGCUUUUGCACAGUUGUGUAAAUUCCCAGGGGUUUUCUUAGCACAACUCUGCAAUCUUCUCAUGCUAGUGCAACUUUGCUUGUUAUUCAAGGGCUUCGUUAGUCAGGAUGUCAGCCAGUGAAAAGAGAAACCCUCAAAGAAUCUGUACCUGUAGUCAAAGGCCAGGGUUGGAUGAGCUACUUGCACCCCGUGGGGUUUGAAAGAAAAGUCCAGUGCCCCUCUUGGGAGAUCAGGACUGGGGUUGUUUUUUUCCUUCCCCCCAUUCCUUCAAUCCUGGCCAAGUUCUGCAGGAGCUAAUUUGAGAGAUGCUGAUCUUUUGACAUGAUACGUAUGUAAAUUUUGAUACUGUAUUAAAACUAUUUUUUUACAAUUCACCAUAUAAUGGGGGUACCAAGCAUAUGUGUUCAUCUUAGCAAUGGUAAUAAAUUAUUUAAUCUCA